AUGCGGUUCCCAUGGAUCUCCACGCUCGGUAAAGACCCGCAGCACCGGCGUAACCGUCUAAAUGGCGUGUCCUACCAAGAAGACGCUCUCACGACUUUCAACGGUUGGCAAUACGCUAUAUACUACUCGGCUCUCGGCAACAAUGGGAAUGCUAGCGAACAAGAGCCCCUAUAUAUCCACUUAGCCAGAAGACCAUUGACACAGCAGACCUGGGAUGACAUACUCGUUUUUGACGACUACCCUCAAACAACGGAUGAUGGGCACAAUACAGCGCAAAUGGGUAUCUGCCACGGCGAUGGGACGAUACAUUUGAGCUAUGAUCACCAUUGCGACGUAUUGAGAUACCGAUAUUCCGUUCCUGGGCUCGCGCUGCAUCCGGAAGAGCACAAGUGGACGGCGAGCCUGUUUACGGCAACACUACAUGCUUUGCCAGGCUUGUCGCCAGGAUUGGACACAUUUCAUGACGUCUCGUAUCCACGAUUUCUGAGUGUUGGUAAUGAUCUGCUGUUCACUCAUCGUUUAGGACGGGCUGGUUUGGGAUCCGACGUGCUGUACAAGUAUUCUUCCUCGACCGGCGAAUACACGUUCACUGGUCAGCAUCUUACAGGCAUAAAAAACAAUCCAUACAUCAACGGUUUCGAUUACCGCAACGGCCGUCUGCAUCUCACCUGGACGUACCGCGGCUUUGUGUGGUACGAAGGGUGGGAUGAUCCGCUGGACAUCAAGCACAAAGCACAGGCUGGGCCGAACGGUGCAGAAAACAAUCACGAUAUCUGCUAUGCUUACAGUGACGAUCUUGGCAGGACUUGGAAGAAUGGGAAAGGGAGUGUCGUAGCGGAUCUUGAGAAGGGGAGUUCGGUCAGGCCGGAUUCUGAGGGAAUUGUAGCAUUUUCCAUCCCGAAAGACAGUGGGCUCACGAAUCAGGAGUCGCAGGCUGUGGAUCGUGAUGGGGGUGUGCAUGUUUUGAACAGGGACAAGAUGAAUGGAGACUUACGGUGGAAGCAUUACUAUCGGUCUCCGGAAGGUGGUCAAUGGUCGUCGAACAUCAUUCCCGGUUUCGAGGAAGCAAGCGUUGGGAAAAGAGGGAGCAUCGCUAUCGGUCAAGACAACAGUCUCUACUUCGCCCUCCCAGACAAUGGACGGAAAACUCUCAAGAUCCUCAAAGCCACUCACUCGAGUGGGUACAAGGCGUUUGACCAAGGCUUUGAGUUUGCAGGCUGCGACGCUGAACCACUCAUUGACAAGGCGAGACUGGAGCAGAAUGGUGACCUGACUGUUUUAACAACCAGCACUAUUGAGGGUGCUCCAGGUCAGGUCGAGCGUAAUGUUGUUGUCAUAUAUGUGAAGGCGUGGUGA